AUGAAGUACUCCGCCGUUCUCCUUGCCUCCGUCGCCUCUGCCGCCGCUGUCUACCCCAACUCCACUCUCUCCGAGUCUGGUCCCCUGACUACCGUCGUCUCCACCGUCGACGUCCAGUCCACCGUCACCGUUACUGACACUGACUGCGACGAGGGUGUUGAGUGCCACCCCGUCACCACCACCAUCACCGACUGUGAGGAGGAGUGUGUCACCCCCGCCCCCACUGCCACCACCGUCACCGUCACCGUCUGUGAGGAGGAGGUCUGCAAGACCGUUGUCACCGUCACCGACUGCCCCGUCGAGACCGAGACCGCCACCGUCACCGUGUGCGAGACCGAGACCGUCACCGUCUGUGAUGAGGACAUCUGCCACACCAAGACUGUCACCCUCUCCACCGAGGUCACCCUGACCCCCACCCCCGCUCCUCAGACCACCACCCCCGCUGUCGAGCCCAAGCCUACCCCUGAGGUCCCUGAGGUCAAGCCCGAGCCUACCCCCGAGGUCCCCGAGGUCAAGCCCGAGCCUACCCCCGCUCCCCCUGCCCCCAAGCCCGAGCCUGAGGUCCCCGAGGUCAAGCCCGAGCCUACCCCUGAGGUCCCCGAGGUCAAGCCUGAGCCUACCCCCGCCCCCCCUGCCUCCAAGCCCGAGCCUGAGGUCCCUGAGGUCAAGCCCGAGCCUACCCCCGCUCCCCCUGCCCCCAAGCCCGAGCCCGUCCCUGAGCCUACCCCCGAGGUCCCCCAGGUCCAGCCCGAGCCUUCCACCCCUGAGCAGGCCAACGCUGCCACCAACCUCAAGGCUUCUGUCUUUGCUCUCGGUGCCGUCGCCGUCGCUGCUCUUCUCUAA